UAUAAACUUUUACAGUAUAGAAACUGUAAAAGUGGAGAUUGUGUCACUGAGAUUUUUGAUAAUGGGAGGAUGCGAUACCGUUCAGAUCUGCCUUCUGCUGAUGGAAGUGUUUAGUGUGUAGACGUGCUGGUUUAUAGCUCUUUAGAAAACACAACAUGAUGACCUGAUGGCCAGGUCAUGAGGAAGGUCAAAGCAGAUUUUAUCACAGACACCAAUGUGAUUUCCCUCACUGGAUUACAGUGAGGAGGCUCUUUAAAAAUCUGGCCUAAGUCCCUUAUCUGCCUCUCUUUAUUCUGCAGUUUGCUUCAUGGAAGUGAAGAAAUAGGAUAAAUUUUAAUUUUGCAAAUGUGAUUAAUUCUUUUAUUUUUUUUUUUCUUUUUUGUUUUGUUCCCCAAACACUAUGACAUCCACAUUAUUUUUCUCUUUGGCUAGUGCUGGCAGUCUCAUCACUGUGUGGUGGAGCACCAGGAACAGAAACCAAUCACAUGGUAACAUCAAGGCCAUGUUUAAUUCUCUGAACCCAAAGGAGGUGGAAUUAGACUGUACUCUGAGAGGCAGAGGAUUGCUUUGCCUUUUCUUGUGAUGGUUUGAAUUAGUUGCAGUGUAUCAGGGAUACCUGGAUACAAAGCUUACCUGUUUUUUAGCUGCAACAGUUCACAGUGUCAAUGUGAGACAUCAUCGAUGCAGAUUUACUGGUCCUGGCCUGUAAACUCAUGCCUGGUUCCAAGUGGGUAGUUAUCAGUUGUGCUUUAAGUUAGCUUAAAUGCAGAAAAUGGAAGGAGUGGGAUCAUAUUAGCGCUAAUGAAGGAGGAAUGGCAUGAAAUAUUAAAUAACAAUUAUUAUAAGAUACUUCAUAAAUCCAAAGGAACUGGAGGUGGAAAAGACCUAUGAGGUCACCUAACCUAUCUAUUCUGGAGGACUGGCUUGCUGCCUGCAAUAUAUAAUUGUUGUCUGCUACUCCAGACUAGUUCUAAAUGCCUCAAGCUUUAGUACUCUUAUUGCAAGAGAGGAGGAAAGAAACGAUCGUAGACUCUUCCAUUUCUUAAACAUUUCCUCACUUCUGUUUUUGAAACCUUUGCUUAGAUUUACAUGUUGGUUUUUUCCUCUAUUUUGUCUUUUUAUUUUUCAAUUUUGUUUUUCGGCUUCAGUGUCAGAAUGCCCUGAAGAAUGAGAUGACUUUAAUAAUUCUGGAUAGCUAUGUUAUCUCUGUCUUUUGUGUGGAUCACAGUCACUAGUUUGAUUGACAAUUCUCUCUAUUAAUCUUCCUCAGUUUUUAAUUUUUUUCUCUCUCUCCUAUGGCAGCUGUAUUCACCGGCUGAUCACCCCAAACUGAUAGUGUGGGGAGUGAGAAUAUUUUUUAUACUCUCUCCUUCUUCUCUUUGUGCCUCCUUACCACACAUUUGCACAUCUUUAUUGGACAAAUAUCCUGUUAGGAGAGAGCAAUAUCAUUAUUCCCAUGUAGAACUGGAAGGCAGUCAUGAUUUGCCACAAAGAAUGGUUGUAUGAGCAGUGCAACCCCAGUGGAGGUAUUGUGUCUCUUUAGACACUCUGCAGUGAGCAGUACCAAAAAGGUGAUGUUUGUCCUGUGUUUGACUGUCAAGAACUGGAAUGUACACCCUGAAAAACAAGUACCUGUUCAAAAAGGAAACAUGUCUGUCCAUAUCUGAGAAGAAAGUGUAGAACAGUUAUUUAGCCUCUCAGAGUGUUCUUACUACUAUUUCUUUGUUUCACUUUGUAAUUGCCUUCAGCCCGGUCAAGGAGUCUGGUGAUGGGUGAACAGAUUGGGCCUCCCUCCAGACCAUCUUCUCCAAAUCCUCAAGAACGUGUGCUGAAAUGUGGCUGGCUAAAGAAACAAAGGAGCAUCAUGAAGAAUUGGCAACAGCGGUGGUUUGUGCUGCGUGGGGAUCAGCUCUUCUAUUAUAAGGAUGAAGAGGAAACUAAGCCCCAGGGCUUGAUACUACUGCAAGGCAGUCAGGUGAAUGAGUUACCACCUAAUCCUGAUGAACCAGGGAAACAUCUCUUCGAAAUUACCCCAGGUGGUACAGGAGACCGGGAAAAGAUGCCUGUCAAUCAUGAGGCUUUCCUGCUCAUGGCUAAUUCCCAGAAUGAAAUGGAAGAUUGGGUGAAAGCCAUCCGACGGGUUAUAUGGGCUCCAUUUGGUGGAGGGAUCUUUGGACAGCGCUUGGAGGACACCGUACAGUACGAGAGGAAGUAUGGCCAGCGCUUGGCCCCACUGCUGGUGGAACAGUGUGUGGAUUUUAUUCGGGAGCGAGGUCUUACAGAGGAGGGGCUCUUUCGGAUGCCUGGACAAGCCAACCUUGUCAAAGAUCUGCAGGAUUCUUUUGACUGUGGAGAGAAACCCCUUUUUGACAGCAACACAGAUGUUCACACUGUGGCGUCCCUCCUGAAGCUUUACCUUCGAGAGCUGCCAGAGCCUGUCAUCCCCUUUGCCAAAUACGAAGACUUUCUUUCUUGUGGACAGCUACUCUCAAAAGAUGAGGGAGAGGGUACCCAGGAACUGGUUAAACAGGUGAAGAAUUUGCCUCAAGCCAACUACAACCUCCUCAAAUACAUAUGCAAGUUCCUUGAUGAAGUUCAGGCUCACUCCAGCAUUAACAAGAUGAGUGUCCAGAACCUGGCUACAGUAUUUGGACCAAACAUACUGCGGCCCAAAAUGGAGGAUCCGGUGACCAUGAUGGAAGGCACGUCGCUGGUUCAGCACCUGAUGACGGUGCUGAUAAGUGAGCAGGGGCGGAUCUUUGCUGUUCCUCAGACGGAUGUGCCGGGGAGCCAGCUGGAAAUCCGGCCCCUGCGCCAGCGCAGCACGGUCGAGUGGAUCUCCGAGGAGGACGGGGAGGACAGCAGGUCACGGAGCAGCGCUGCCAGCCCUGCCGAGCUGCCUGCUGGCAAUGCUGUGGCUCUAGAGGCCACUGCGGGACCUGCGGUGAAAAUCACUCCUCCAGAGCACAGUGGCAAAUCCAGUCAGCCUGCAACAAGCCCCAGUAAAAGAGUGCAGACACUGCCUCCAUGGAAAUACUCCUUCCGCCAGCAGGGAGCACGGUCUGUGAGCCCAAAGCUGGGCAGCUCAUCCUUAGACAUUCCCAACCUGUCCUCCAGCGGGAACUGGCUGAUGAACGGCCUGUACUCCCUCCGAGGCCAUCGCCGGACGGCCUCUGGGGAGAGAGUGAAGGACUCGUGCUCCUCCCAGAGACUCUCCACUUACGACAAUGUCCCUUCAUCCAGCCUGUCCCUCAGCACACACAGCAUGGCCAGCACCACCUGGUCUACGUCGUCCUGUGAGAUCUCCGUGAUGGACUCUGUGAGCAGCUGCCCAGCCUGCCGGGCCAGUGACUCCUCUGCUUUAAGCUCCCUAAAAACCGAGUGGGCCACUCAGGGCUCGCUGUCCCAGAGCGAGGUCAAGACAGCCGAUCUGGACGACAGCAUGGACAGGUUUGAAGCCUGCAGCAGCAGCAGUGAGCAGAGUGACCCGGCUGCAGCUUCCCGAGACUCUGCCCAGUGCUCCAGGGCCUUACAGAGCUUGGUGGUGGAGCUAAAGACAGAACUGAGCAAACAGAGGACUGAGUAUGAGACUAGUAUCAAAAGAAUUGAAGAAACAAGUGCAGACCUGAGGAACCAAGUGGUUAGGUUAGAAGAAGAACUGGACCAAGAACGAAAGAAAUACACAAUGCUGGAGAUCAAGCUGAGGAAUUCUGAACGUGCUCGUGAAGAUGCUGAGAAGAGGAAUUGCCUCCUGCAGAAGGAAAUGGAAGAAUUUUUUUCAACAUUAGGAUGUUUAACUGUUGGGAGUCAAAGUGCUACAGUCCCCAAGUAGAACAUAGAAAAUCCUGUUGCUGACAAAAUGAGUGAAAAUGCAUAUUUUGUUCUGGUAUGCUCAUGUAUCAUGAGUAAUGCUAUAGUGAUUGUGCUCUCAGUGACACUUGCCCUGUUGUUGUUACAUGUGCUAUAGUGUUUGGGCCAGCUGGGAAAGACUGCUGACCAUAAAGCUUGAAAAUUUAGUGGCAGAUUGCCAAGAAAGAAUGGGUCCCCCUCUGUAUCCACAGAACACAAGAUAAUCUUCUCCAGAGUGUCCUGCUGCCAUCUUUGGACUCAACUGUGCCAUGCUUUUGCUGGCUGAAGGACAGUGGAAGGUCCUGCAGGGUGGGUGGAUGGCCAGAACCAAUAAAGCUGAGCCUGAGGGAUUCCCAGACUUGUGCUGGGGAAGGUGGCAGGUCCAGUCUGUCACCACAGCCAGGAGGUUUGCCAGUCAGAUUAAUGAGGUGGUUUUCACCUCACUCCCUCCAUAAAGUUUGUUCAAAUUUCUCA